UCCAUAAUUUUACUUUUACAAAUUUUUCUCCCAUAAAAACCUAUACAUUUCUAAAUUUUUUAGAAUUUAUCCAAAUUUAGAACGGUCAAAUUCCUCUAAGUAGGGUGUGCCAUAUAUAAGUGGGGUUAAAUACUCUUACUACUACUAUCCAAUGCCGCCUUGGCCUUGUACCUGAAUCCGAAACAACUUGGAUCGGAAUCGCACUGAAUACAACCAACUUCCCGUGAAAACAAAAAAUUCCCCGGAUAAAACUUUUCAUCGGCCGUCGCAAACACCGAGAAUCGCAUCGCGGUUCUCAACUAAUGGCUAAAACAAAUAAGAAGCGCGCAGGAAAAUGUCCUGGUAAAAGAAGCGAUACUUCACAUUGCCUUGUCGAUCCUCCAGCCUGUGAUAAUCAGAAUGAGGAUGAUGAUUGGGUUAUAGUUAAAAAGCAGAGAGUCAUUAUUCUGGUGCCUGCUGCACCUCGUAGUGAAAGAUCCUCAACAGAAAACGAAGAGCCGAAUCACAUGCACCCUAUGCCUCCUGUAACGUCAAGUAACCACGAGGAACUUCCGAUGGAGACAACACGUAAUGAAAACCCUUUUUGUAAUGAACAAGAGAAGACCAUUUCUUUGGCUGGCCAAACAGAGAUUCAUACUGCGUCAAAAUCUCCUUCUCCCUUAUUACUUAAAUCACCUUCAGCCAAUUCACCGCGGGUAGAUCAAAGAGUAGAAUCAGAAAAUCCACAUGAAGUCAGUAGUUUGAAGUCCCACAGAUUAGUUGGACUAUCUAAUACAUCAAAAGCUUUUAAGCAGCCCAGAGCAUUGCUUGCACCAAGAAGGUCCUCCAACUUGGCCACUUUGAAUCGAGGUCUGAGAGCAUCAAAUCUCGAGAGAAAGCUCGAAAGAGCUGGUGGGUUGAACAAGUGGCUGACAUCACUUGGAUUGGAUCAAUUUGUGAGAAUGUUCCAGGGGAAGAUUAUCAGUAAGUAUCAGCUUGUGAAUCUAACCAUGAAAAAACUAAAGGAUAUGGGUGCCAAUGCGGUGGGACCUCGCAGGAAGCUGAUACACGCCAUGGAUUGUGUUUGUCAACCAUAUUGCUUUGAGGCGUUAUAGAAGUCUAUAUGAUGUUGAAAUUAUAUUCAUGGCGACAUGGUAAGGUACAAAUGGAAAACUUGGUUUUUGGCUGCUCUAGUGAUCAUAGCACUUGAGCCUCAAGUAGUGUUUGAAGAGAUUUAUGCUCUUGUAUAUAUACUUAUAUAUGAGCAAGGGCAGUCUAAAUGAGUGAAGGGAAGAGAUUCAUUGAGAUAUUGUAUUUGAUAAGAUGAAAUUAAGAAAUUUGUGUCUUAUACAAUUCAUAUGUCUAGUUCACUCACUUUAACAUUGUUGACUUUAACUUUUACUCAAUAAGGAUCAUCAGUGACCACUAUUGAACUUGCU